AUGUGUGCCAUCGCGCUCACGUUCCUCCCUCCCCUCGCCAUCGCGCUCACGUUCCUCCCUCUCCUCGCCUUCGCGCUCACGUUCCUCCCUCCCCUCGCCAUCGCGCUCACGUUCCUCCCUCCCCUUGCCAUCGCGCUCACGUUCCUCCCUCCCCUCGCCAUCGCGCUCACGUUCCUCCCUCCCCUCGCUAUCUCGCUCACGUUCCUCCCUCCCUUCGCCAUCGCGCUCUCGUUCCUCCCUCCCCUCGCCAUCGCGCUCACGUUCCUCCCUCCCCUCGCCAUCGCGCUCACGUUCCUCCCUCCCCUCGCCAUCGCGCUCACGUUCCUCCCUCCCCUCGCCAUCGCGCUCACGUUCCUCCCUCCCCUACCAUUCGCGAUCGCACAUUCUCGUCCCGUCCCGUACCGUUCCUCCUCUCUCCCUUCCCGUCCCGUCGUUCCUCCUCUCUCCCCUUCCCAUCCCGUCGUUCCUCCUCUCUCCCCUUCUCAUCCCGUCGUUCCGUCUCUCUCCCCUUCCGUCCCGUCGUUCCGCCUCUCUCCCCUUCCUAUGCCGUCGUUUUGCCUCUCUCCCCUCUUAUCCCAUCGUUCCUCGCCUAUUGUUGCUUGA